GCCAUUGCCGGUUGAAUCUACGAACAAAAGUGUUUUAGUGUAUCUUAAGCUAUAGCAAGAAUAUAACGUCACAUAACAAUACCAAUAUGAUUAGUCAUUUUAGUUUGAUUCUAUUGUGCCUUUCCGGCGCUUAUUGCAUACCGUCUGUAAUUAACUAUCUAGAUUUGAAUGGCUUCAAACAAGUUUUUAACAACCAAACCAAGAUUCCCGAAUGGGACACAGCUAUGGCCCAACAAAUACUUGCCGAAGAUUUCAAAGGAUUUGUGGGAGCACAAAACCAACAUCUACUGGGCGAUAAAUCAUACGCAACUACAUUGUUCCGAAUUCGAUAUUCAAUCAAUAUUUCAAAAUAAAACAUAUCGAGAAACGCAUCGUUCGAUGCAGUGGGAAAAAAAUAUAUUAGACUAUGACAUUAAAUUAGAAAAUAAAAGCGACGGAAACAUAUUUGCAUACCACGAAACCAAACCAAUGUCAAAGAUGGAACUUCACAAUUUUUGGGCAGGAUUCAUCGAGAAGAAGCUCGGUUUUAAAAUCAAGUACAACAUCUAUACCAAAGUGAUAAAAACGAGGUUUACAAACGAGUAUAACUUACCGCUUAUCGACACCCUCAACGAACUCGCCUGUGUUAUCAACGAGGCGAUUCAAUUGUUCGACCGUUUCUUCGUAGACAAGUGCGUACCACACGACAGCAGUUUUGUAAAAAACUUUGAAUCCCUAAAAACAGGCAUCCUCGGAGAUUUCACGGGGCUUCUAGCGCAUUUUGACGAAAAUAAGGCCAGAGAGGCCACCUAUGACGGACAGCUUCUAAAAUACAAUCCAAAAGGCGCUGUACCUGUGUCAUACCUGGUGGACAGAGAUGCUAAUUCGGAAUUGUACCAAGAUUUUUCAAAACCAAUCCCUGGAAAAUUUCCAGCAUUUUCCGAAAUAACGGCUUCGGGUUGCUUUGUAGAGUAUGUAGAAUUCGAGAUUUCUGGUUUAAAAACGGAUUUUGAAAAUACUACCGAUCCAAGGAACAUUUAUGGCCAAACCAGCCUUGUACGCACAUCUGAAAUGGAAAUGAAGCUUAUAGAAAACCCUCAUUAUAAGGAAAAAAGCGAUGUAAAAAUAGGUAUGAUAAUGUUUCGCGAUGGAGAUAAAUCGUUCAAAAAAUAUCCUGAAAGCAGCAGACAUAUUACAUAGACCAACACGAAGAGACUAGGAUCUAGUAUCACAAAUAUACAUUGACAUGUAUCAAUUAAUAAUUAGAUAUAAAAUAAAAUAUUAAAAUUACAGAAGCUAUUGUACAAUGAAUUAGAUAGCAAACUUAAGGGAUUUCUUAAUAAAUAUUUUUUCUAAAAUAAAUUCCUACACCUUUUGACAAAAACGAAUACCUUUCAAAGACAAAAUUAUUUUUUCUUAUCCGUCUGUAUAGCUAAAUUGUGUUUGAACUAAAAAUGUAAAAUCAAUAUCCCAUAAUAUUUCCAGUGACCCUACGUAUGGGCUUUU